AGCAGAGGGAAGAUGGGAGCUGACGGAAACUUGACAGAGACGAACCUCGAAACCACAAGUGACCUCUGACCCCGAGACACAACACAAGGUGUGUGUCUGUGUGUGUGUGCAGGUGUGUGUGUCUGUGUGUGUGUGCAGGUGUGUGUGUCUGUGUGUGUGUGCAGGUGUGUGUGUCUGUGUGUGUGUGCAGGUGUGAUGGAUGAUGAGGAUCCGUCUCCUUUGCGUCGUUUUGUUGAAGCGAAGCGUUCGAUCACCUCCAUCUUUGAUCAGCUGCUGGACUUUGUGAAGGACGGCUCUACAUUUGUGGACGAGGCGUGGCGGGGCGACGACCUGGGCCCGGUGGCGCUGGAGGAGCAGAACCUGGAGCUGCUGAGCUGCGUCUCCAAGCUGUGGACCAUCAGGGAGGUUCUGCUGCGGAGACACAUGAAGGUGGCGUUCUUCGGCAGAACUAGUAACGGGAAAAGCACGGUGAUCAACGCCCUGCUGCGGGACCGGGUGCUGCCCAGCGGCCUCGGCCACACCACCAACUGCUUCCUGAGCGUGGAGGGGACCGACGGAGACGAGGCCUACCUCCACCCCGAGGCCUCCACCGAGAGGCGGAGCCUCACUACGGUCAACCAGCUGGCUCACGCUCUCCACAUGGAUCCAACUCUAGAGUCCGGCAGCCUCGUCAAAGUGUUCUGGCCUAAAAGCUGCUGCGCUCUGCUGAGAGACGACCUGGUGCUGAUGGACAGUCCUGGGACAGACGUGACUCUGGAGUUGGACAGCUGGAUCGAUAAGUUCUGUCUGGACGCCGACGUCUUUGUGCUCGUGGGAAACGCCGAGUCGACGCUGAUGAACACGGAGAAACUUUUCUUCCACAAAGUCAGUGAGAGAAUCUCCAAACCGAAUAUCUUCAUCCUGCUCAACAGAUGGGACGCGUCAGUGACCGAACCCGAGUACAUGGAGGAGGUGAGGAAGCAGCACGUGGACCGCUGUGUGAGCUUCCUGGCGGAGGAGCUGAGGACGGUUGGUCUGGACGAGGCUCCGGGGAGGGUCUUCUUCAUCUCUGCUAAAGAAGUCCUGAGCUCCAGGAUGCAGCGAGCGCAGGGCAUGCCUGAGACAGGUGGCGCUCUGGCUGAAGGCUUCCAGGACCGACUGAGGGAGUUCCAGAGGUUUGAGAGGACGUUCGAGGAGUUCAUCUCUCAGUCUGCGGUGAAAACCAAGUUUGAGCAGCACACGGUGACAGGGCGGCAGGUCACUGAGGACAUCACCGCGGUGAUGGACGACAUCAACAUCGCCUCUGCCGACAGAAAGAUCUGCUGCCUGGAGGAGCGGGAGGAGCAGCGGGACCGGCUGGACUUUGUCCGAGGACAGAUGAACCAUCUGAGGGACAACGUCAGAGACAAGAUCAAGACUCUGAGUGAGGAUGUCGCUGCCAAGGUGACCUCAGCUCUCUCAGAUCAGACCUGCUCACUUCCUGUCCUGGUGGAGGAGUUCCGGGCCGACUUCAGUCCGACACAUGAGAAUCUGCAGAUCUAUAAAACCAAGCUGCUGCAGCACGUGGAGGAGAGGCUGGUCGGCUGUUUGUCUCAUCGCUGCUCCCCCAGCGUCCUCAGAGACAUCAGGGACGCCCAGAGACACAUGACCGACAGCGUCCGUCCUCUGCUGUCUCUGUCCGUCCAGGAGCAGCUCUUUGCUCCGUCCUCCUGCUUCGAGCUGACCUAUGACCUCGGCCUCGCCGUCCUCUGUGCAGAUUUUCAGGAGAACAUCGAGUUCCAGUUCUCUCUGGGCUGGACCGCCCUCGUCUCUCGCUUCAUCGGAGCCGCCAACGCCAAGCGGGCGCUGAGCGGCUGCGGGCCGCGGCCUCAGGUGAGAUGUCUGAGGUUCGAUCCCCGGCAGCUGUUUGUCGUGUCGCUCUGUCCUAACGUUGUGUCUCUGCAGGAGGACGAGAUGGUGCUUUCCACAGCAACAGGCCUCGUCUCUGUCACCUCCCGAGCAUCCAUGACAGUCCUGGUGAUCGCUGGAGUGGUGUGGCGCUCUGUGGGCUGGCGUCCUGUCUUUGUGUCUCUGUCUCUGUACACUCUCCUGUACCUGUAUGAGAAGCUGACCUGGACGGACUCGAACCGGGAGCGUGUCCUGAAGCAGCAGGUUGUGGCGCACGCCGCUCGCCGCCUCCGAGCCGUGAUCCCCGUCGUGAGCUCCGCCUGCAGCCAGCAAGUGUGCAAGGAAGUGAUGGCGACGCUCGGCCGGGCGAGUCAGAGAGUGGAGCUGAGAGAAGCCGAGCUGGAGGCACACGUCCGCCAGCUGAGCCUCAGGAUCCAGAGGCUGGAGAACAUCCAGAGGAGGUCCAAGGCCUUCAGGAACAGAGCCACAGAGCUGGAGACUCAGCUGGACUCCUUCUCUGCUCGGUACCUGCAGGGAAACUGAAGAAUUACACCUGGACAAUGAUCUGCUGAUGAGCAGCGCCCCCUGCUGGUAGACUCCGGACCAUCUGCUCAAACUGAGACGAGGAAGAUUCAGACACCGUGUCCGCCUGUAGGGGGCGCACUGACCUGUUCUGUGACGUCACGGAAUGAACCACUUCACAUUGUGUGACUGCUGCAUCCACAUAUUUUCAUAAAAUAGUUUUAUCUCACAAAACUAGAAACUGUCUGAAACUCAGACGAGUUUAGGUCUUAAGUCAAAAUACACAAGCACACAAGAAAAACACACACACACAAAUAAACACGUGGAUGGUAAUAAGCAACUAAAACUGCAAGAACGAUGUAAAAUAAACUACAACUUAGUUUUUCUCU